CCACUAAAUGCUCUAGGGAAAUAUAAUUGCAGGCGGAACCCGUCACAGCACGCCAUCGCCAUCGCCGUCCCCCCCGUCCAGCUUCUUGCUGCCGUUGCCACUGUGCAGAACACUGCCUUCUCUUUCUGAACUCGAGUCCAAAUUGAAAAUAUUGUCUGAGAGCUGAUUAAGUCACGUCUCUGGUUCUCUGUCGAGCCGAAAAAACGUGGUGGUCGUGUGAUGAAUGCUUCGGCCUCUGCUGGGAGAGAUAUUGUGCUCUGGGCUUGAGAUGAUAUUUGAACGCGUGACGAUGCUUUCUUGAGUCAGGCCGAUCUGUGGUACUUGUGAAGUUUUAAGAGUUGCUUGUGAGACACCUUGUUGCGCUUUGUGGAGUUUCAGGGGGCUUGGACGUGGAAGCGGUGUUGUGUGCGUGUUUGUUCUAUUUGUUUUGGUUUCUGCCGUCUUUUCUUGGCAACGUGUUGCGAGAUUAUUGUUUUAGUCACUUCUACUAUGCUGCGUGACCCUAUUGCUCUUUGCUGAUUUCUUAGAUAAAAGUUGUUGUCAUUCUUAGAAGUCACAGCUGAAAGGGUUAAGUGAGCCUUGUGGACGAUGCCACGAGAUGAUCACGCCCGGUAACCAGCCACGUGCGUGAAGUGUUUUUCCCUGCGUUACUGAGAGGGUUUUUCAGUCUUCACUAUCCGAUCGGAGUGCUACACGAUCUUGGGAAAGGUGUUGUCUAUCCAAAGCGCUCCACGGACGUUCUCUGGUCAUUUUCAGGCUUUCGUUGUGCAUAUCUGCAGACCAAGUCCGUGGACUGACUAAGUCAUCUCUUCACCUCGCAUUCCUACUCAGUUGCCCGAAACUGGGUUUGUACUUCUUCAUGCUUGCAUCCGCACACUCUGCUGUUCCAAUUUGUGCCACCCUGAAACUGUUUGAUAUUUCUCAUGCGCUCUAUGUGUUUUCUUGUGAAGAUUGAGGAGUAGAGCACCGUUCUGAGUCGUUAUAUCUCUCUUUUAGGUUUUAUAAGUCACAGUGUGCCUGCGCUCGUGCAAGGGCUUGGAUGUGCGUUUCUGCCCCCCUAAUGCCACUAUGACGAGUAUAAUACAAACUGCGGCUCACAUUGGUCUCCAUCUUCACUGUUCCGCCUCUUUGCAGCAGAACUCUUCAAUGGCUGUGCUGUCGUCACGAGGUCCAGUUACGAACAGCAGCAAACUUAAUCAGUCGUCUUCCAUUGUUCUCGCUAAUGUUGGAUUGGGAACCAGUUCAGAGCGAAGGUCAUGGCAGAUGCGUAACUCAAGCAUGUCUUUUAAUAACGGUCUCUCAAUCGACGAGCCCUUCAGCGAAAACGAAGAUGAUUGUGUGGACUCAACUGUGCUGGAAGCACUCGAGGUCAAGAGCAGGCCCGAGGGUUUUGUCAUAAAGAUGCGAGAUGGUCGAUUCCUCAAGUGUGAGCGUAAUGUCCCCGAUUCUGGCUGUCUUCCUGACUAUGGUCCCCAACCAGCGAUCGUCUUGCAGCUAAACAAGUGCUCCAAACUUCUGCUCCCAAUAAUUGUGCUGGAGCUUCCUUGCAUGAUGCUCAUUGAGGCACUCCGCAACGUCCCCGUCAUUCGACCCACAGUCUACGACGUCAUGAAGGACAUGAUCGAGGUGAUGGGGUACCAAGCUAAGAUGGUGCGCAUCAUGCGUCGCGUGCAUGAAGCUUACUGCUCGCGUCUUUAUCUCACCAAGGUGGGGAGCGAUUCAGGGGAUGUUUUGACCAUGGACCUUCGCCCCUCUGAUGCUGUCAACUUGGCUGUGCGUUGCAAGGUGCCAAUCCAAGUAAACAAGUGGCUUGCGGAAGGAGAUGGCGUGUUCGUGGUGGACGAGACUGCGAAGCUUCAGUCUCGCACGCCGCUGUCCUUAGCAGCCUCUCUUACAAUGACCAACCUUGACAGACCCGACUCUACUUCCUGUGUCGCCGCGGAAGAGUUUGCUCUCGUGAGAGGUAUGAUGGUGGCUGCAUUGGAGGAACGGUACAGCGACGCUGCAAAACUGAGAGACGAGCUUAGACAUCUGCGCAGCAGAAAAAAAUUGUCUCGCCAGUUUAAGCAAAUCUGAAGAAUCCCAUGGUUUCCCAAGUUGUUGAAAAAAUCAUUCUUUGAGCAGAAAGGUUCAGACAGUGGUGCAAGCAUGUUGACGUUACUCAAGCGCUGAGCUCCAUGCUUCGGAGACACUACCUGAUGGGGGUACUAGACAACGCAAAAGUGCGGUGCUAGUGGAAAAAGAAUAGCUGCAGGGAUUUUGCUUGGAGAGCUUCAAUCUGUCGAAAUCAUGGACAUGGGUAUUUCAUGCAUCUCGUUCUGAAUGUGCAAAUCCACGUCUAGAUUUUGAGCAUCACUUUCUUACAUCUUUCGUUCACCUGCAUUCACUCCUUCCUGGCUCUUCCACUUUCUCUUGGAUCCAAGCAGAUGUGCACAGUUCCUGCGAGAACCCAGUUCGUGAAUGCCUUCGCGGUUUGAUGAGAUUGGUGCCGAAGAUGGAUACCAGUUUUCCAACUUGGUUUAAGGUACAUACUGAAGUUUUUUGAUGUAUUGUUUUAUUUUCUUCUAUCCUCGUUUGAUCCAAGAGACUACUGGAAGUUGCUGUUUUGAAGCGCUUUACUUGUCUUAAAUGAACGUAGGUAAAGAACUUGCAUCAAAGUUGUCUAUCACUGGUAUAGUGUAUUGGGUCAUUUGUAAAUCACUUUCAAAGUAGUGUGUUGGGUCAUUUUUCUUUCAAUAUUAUUUCUUCCAAUAUUA